AAAUCACCUUUCAUGUUCCCUGCAGGCCUCAGCCGCAGGCCCAGACGCGGGCGCUCUCCUCCCCCCCCUCCCUUGUGGGGCACAACACAUCUGACAGCAACGAGCAACCCGCGAUUGCUUCUCAGCCUAGGUUUUAGCGAACACAAGCCUGGAUGGGACUUGCACACGCACCUAGCCCUCGCAAUCGCAACGAGCACUCGUUUAUCGUCGCGCCCGAGCAUGAAAUAGCCGCACUCCAUUCGUCGCCGAGGCUCACGCACGUCCGACGACGCCGCGUUAUACAUCGACCGACCGACUUAUUAGAACUCGAGGCUCCUUGGGUUGCGCCCACUGCUCUCUCCCCUUUAUAGCUUCCUCCCGACGGCCCGGCCCACGUCCGGCGCACCCGAGCCAACAUGGCCUUCCUGAUCCUCGUCAUUGGCGAUCUCCACAUCCCAGAUCGCGCGCUGGACAUCCCGCCAAAGUUCAAAAAGCUCCUCGCGCCCGGCAAGAUCGGGCAGACGCUCUGCCUGGGCAACCUGACGGACCGGACGACGUACGAGUACCUCCGGACGGUGGCGCCCGACCUCAAGAUCGUCAAGGGCCGGUUCGACGUCGAGGCCACGUCGCUGCCGCUGUCGCAGGUGGUGACGCACGGCAGCAUCCGCGUCGGCUUCCUCGAGGGCUUCACCCUCGUCAGCAACGAGCCCGACCUGCUGCUGGCCGAGGCCAACAAGCUCGACGUCGACGUGCUCUGCUGGGGCGGCACCCACCGCUUCGAGUGCUUCGAGUACAUGGACAAGUUCUUCAUCAACCCCGGCAGCGCCACGGGCGCCUUCUCGACCGGCUGGGGCAAGGAGGAGGACAUUGUGCCUAGCUUUUGUUUGAUGGAUGUUCAAGGAAUCUCCCUUACACUAUAUGUGUAUCAACUGAGGAAGGACGCCAAUGGGGUGGAAAACGUGGCAGUAGAAAAAGUCACCUACACCAAGGUGGUUGAACCGACUGCGGCACCGUCAUGACGUUGAUGGAAGCGCAAUCACGGAAGGAUGAGAACCACCCAGGCACGACGACCGAGGACAGCGGUUUAAUAUGUGACAGCACCGUGGUUGGGGGUAACCAAAGUUCAGCGCCAGCCGUCUCAGAAGCUCGGGAGAUGACGCGGUGCACAUGACCAUCUACGGGCAGCGCACGUCAUCGAAUCACGGACUAAGCUGCGGUUCCGCAAAAGCCCAAAUGAUUUACGUAGAAUUAUGCUUUUGUGGAAGAUGACAAAUUCAUGAAACCGAUAGUAAUAUGUUCUGGCUAGUCAAGGAAAGGGGUAUAGUAUCAUCAGGCGUAUCUGCCGAGAAUUACAUUGUUAUCAGACAGUUGUGUGAGCUCUCGAUCCAAAAGACGCGGGGACAAAAGGGGCAGAGGGGAAUGCAGGGCAAAUUCGGGAGGCAUCCAAGGAUGACGAGACCCCUGGAAAAGGAAGAGCAAACAAAAGAGCAAAAUGGAGGCGCGCGCUAGAAACUCCGUUCCGAGUCAUUUGGUC